AAAAAUGAGUCCAUCAAUCUCAACUCUCUCUUUCUUUCUUCUUCUCGCAUCGUCGUGCUCAUCCGCAGUAUCUGCGGAUGGCCACGACGAUUUCAUCCAAUGCCUCUCCCGACAAUCCAACUACUCGUCCCUUUCGAACGACGUUUACACACCCGCAAACUCGUCCUACACUUCGAUCCUGCAAUCCACCAUCCGUAACACAAGAUUCGCGUCCGAAUCCACUCCCAAGCCGCAAGUGAUCAUAACCCCUGAACACGAAUCCCAGAUCCCGCCUGUCAUAUCCUGCGCCAGACAAACCGGUCUGGAGAUCAGAACCCGAAGCGGCGGCCAUGACAUGGAGGGGCUGUCUUACGUCUCGCAAGUCCCGUUCGUGAUCAUUGACUUGGUCAACCUCAGCGAGGUCACGGUCAACGUUGAUGAGAAAACAGCCUGGAUCGAAGCAGGCGCAACCACCGGCACUGUAUACUACAGGAUCGCGGAAAAAAGCCCUGUCCUCGCGUUCCCCGGAGCCAUCUGCACUACAGUGGGCGUCAGCGGCCAUUUCAGCGGAGGAGGCUACGGCCCACUAAUGAGAAAGCACGGCCUCGCUGGGGAUAAUGUCGUCGACGCUAGAAUCAUCGACGCCAACGGCAGAAUCCUGGACAGGGAGUCAAUGGGCGAGGAUCUGUUCUGGGCUAUCAGAGGCGGCGGAGGCGCCAGUUUCGGCGUGAUCACUGCCUGGAAAGUACAACUGGUGGAUGUUCCAGAAACAGUCACUGUUUUCUCAGUCAUCAGGCCACUGGACCAGAACUCCACUGAACUGGUCCAGCGUUGGCAAUACGUGGCGCCUGAAGCCGACAAAGAUUUAUUUGUUGGAGUCUACCUAUUCAGGGUGAACUCCACCAUCCAAGCUAACUUAUUUUCCCUCUUCCUCGGCCGCGCCGACAGGUUACUUCCAUUGAUGCAAGAAACCUUCCCUGAGUUAGGGUUAGCAAGAGAAGAAGUAAGAGAAAUGAGUUGGGUCCAAUCCACAUUAUUCCUCAACCAAGGCCAACAAGAGCCGCUCGAGGUCUUGCUAAACCGGACUCAACCCGGUCUCAGACAGCUCAAAACAAGAUCCGACUACGUGCAAACCCCCAUGCCAGAAGACGGAUUCAAUGGCAUUGUACGAAUGCUUUCCGAGCCGGAAGCAGACGAAACCCUAAUAUACAUUGUCCCAUACGGCGGGAGAAUGAACGAGAUACCCGAAUCCGCCACUCCAUUUCCGCACAGAGCCGGAAACUUGUACAUGAUCGCUAGUUUAGUUUACUGGCAAGACAGCGAGGCUCGGGAUGCGGAAAGGUACCUGAGCUGGAGCAGAAGGUACAAUAGUUACAUGACUCCUUACGUGUCGAGCUCGCCUAGGCAAGCGUACUUCAACUACAGAGAUCUCGAUAUUGGAGUGAAUAACCCUAAUGGGAAGACGAGUUAUGCGGAGGCCAGCGUUUGGGGGAAGCCAUAUUACAAGGAUAAUUUCGAUCGUCUUGUUAAGGUUAAAACGGUAAUCGAUCCGACUAAUUUCUUCAAGAAUGAACAAAGCAUUCCGCCGUUGCAUUCUAAGUGGACUUAGAAGGAGCAAAAGAAGUCAUCGGUGGUUUCUUCUAUUUAGUUUUGAAUAAGGCCUCUUUAUUUUUGUUUAUUUCUAUAUG